CCAGGCCUGACUCAGGACUAAUAACUGGCAUAUAAAAUAGGCAACCAAACAAAUUUCAGAGCCAGAAAAACAAGAGAAGACGAAGAAGUAAAGGUCGUUGAUUCUUGGCUCUUUCACUACAGAAAGCGAAAGAUGAACGGCGGCCCCUCUGGUUUCAACAAUGCUCCAGUCACGAGAGCCUUUGUAAUUGCUUCUGCUCUCUUCACUAUCUUCUUUGGGAUCCGGAAUCGCUCUAAUAAGCUUGGAUUGUCGUUUGAGGAUAUUUUCGGCGGGCUUCACGUUUGGAAAUUAAUUGUGUCGGUUUUUUCCUUUGCUUCUACGCCAGAGCUUGUAUUUGGACUUUAUCUGCUAUACUACUUCAGGGUAUUUGAGAGACAGAUAGGUUCGAAUAAGUAUUUGGUCUUUGUCUUGUUCUCUGUAGUAGUUUCGCUACUCUUCGAGGUUCUUGCUUUAGCACUUCUGAAAGAUCCCGCAGUGAACUUAAUAACAUCUGGACCCUAUGGGCUCAUAUUUGCUUCAUUCGUGCCCUUUUACUUUGACAUUCCAGUUUCGACAUGGUUUCGUGUUUUUCGUGUUCGCUUCUCUGACAAGUCUUUCAUAUAUCUUGCUGGCCUUCAGCUUCUAUUAUCCGCCUGGAAAAGAUUCAUUUUACCAGCGAUAUGUGGCAUCCUUGCUGGUUCAUUGUAUCGUCUGAACAUUUUCCGCAUUCGUAAAGCAAAGGUCCCAGAGUUUUUUGCUUCAUUCUUUUCUCGAUUUUCUUUGCCAUCCAUGGGGAGUUCACCUGCAGCACCAAGUCGAACUGUACCAUCCUACCCAGGUCGCCGUGUGGAGAGAACCUACCCCGCGCCUUCAGCUGCAGAACCACCAGAGGAUGCAAUUGCCACUCUCAUCUCUAUGGGUUUUGACGGGAACUCAGCCAGGCAAGCGCUUGUGCAUGCUAGAAAUGAUGUUAAUGCAGCUACGAACAUUCUUCUUGAAGCGCAGUCCCACCACUAAUGCAUCAAGGCUUUGGACAAACUGAAGACCGGACUACUGUGAAUUGUGGAAACAAGAUUUAUUGAGAUUUGAGGAUUAUGGUAAAACUGUUAUUCCUAUUUUGAUCAGGAGCAACUAGCCUUUUGGAAUCUGCGGAAUCAUGUAGGGUAUCAUGGUGAAGGGCCUUGUCAUUGAUUCGUUUCUCUGUUCAUUUUUAUCCCUGAUCUUUUGGGUUUUGUAGCUGCCCAUUUCAAGAGUUGUAUUAGGAGCUGGUAGAUAUUGUUCAACACCAUAUUAGAAAAGAUUGAAUCUUUCUCUGAGGGGUAAUGUAGCUUUCGGUGUUUCUGGUUGUUAACUUGCUGAUAGACAUAGGAUGUAAUAUGGUCUAUUUACAUGCUAGAGGCGGCAUUUUACUUGUACAAUUGGAGUUCUUUUAUAAAUUCCCCUUGUGGUC